UGGAGGGGAACAGCGCAAUGCCCAUGAGGCCCUGCGCUUCGUAAUAGCGCUGAUAAUUUCGAAUUCGCCCAUUGACCCUCUCGUCCCUGCCGGUCGUGCUCGCCGCCGACGCCGCAAUGUCUCCGCCAUUCCGGAUACCCAUACCAGUCCCGUUCCCAGUCCCAGUCCCAGUACCGGCAACGCUGCAAGUGGCCGAUACCUCGAUAUCCCAGCGCCGUGAUGCCUCCGGAAAGCCCAAUCCACACCAGGUCCAAAUCAUCUUGUCCGUCUUCGCUGGCAUCGCCGGCGCCGUCAUCCUCGCGUUUAUUGCUCGCCACGUGUACCGCCGACGGUUCCGCUCGGCCCAUGCCUAUCAACCCGCGCUGCGCGAGGAAGACGGCCCUUUCACCCGCCAGAUCAACCGGGCCAACCAGGACAACCUCGAGGACGCAUUAAACGACGCCCAGGCGCAGACCAGCGGCACCAAUGGCUCCACGACCGACGGUGCCGGCAUCGACCGCAACACCUCUAUCCGCAGCGUCAUGACGCUGCCCGCGUACCGGCCGAAGGCGACCGAGAACGAGCUCGUGCUCGGGCGCGAGGGCGAGCGCGACGGGAUCGACGUGGUGGUGGAGAUGCGGACGGCCGAGGAGGAGGAGGCGCUGCGGGACGAGGAGAUGGAAGCGCUGUACCGGAUCCGGGAGGCGCGGCGGCGGCAGCUGGCCGAGCGCGAGGAGCGGCGCCAGCAGCGGCGCGAGGCGCGCGAGGCCAACGACCUGGUUGCGCUGCGCGAGCUGCGCCAGCGCGCCCGCGAGCGCGCCGCCCAGAACGAGGCCGAGAUCGACGAGCUGCGCCAGGAGCACGAGCGCAUCCGCCAGACCCGCCACCACCGCGCCGUCAGCAGCGUCUCGUACGCCGACGUCGGCAUCGCCCGCGCCGACGGCACCCGCGUCCGCGCCAACAGCACCGAGAGCACCGAGCGCGUCGGCCUGCUGUCGGACGCCGCCAGCAUCGCCGCCGACAGCCUGUUCCAGCGGCGGGACCGCAGCGCCAGCGCCUCGCUGAGCAUCGACGCGGCCCGCUCGCUGCAGGACCGGCCCGAUUCGCCCGGCGUGCUGGCCACGGGCGGGAGCGGGGCGUACAGCCUGGCGAGCGCGGGACGGAUGCGGUCGCGGACGAACUCGGGCGCCACGACGCCGCGCAUUCCGACGCCCAGCGCGGCGACCACGCCGCGGGCCGGGUCCAGCCCGGAGCUCAUCGACGCCGAGGACGCCGACCUGGGCGACGCCGGGAUGCCGCCGCCGGGCUACGACGAGGUCAGCCUCGACGACGUGACGCCGCUGCACUCGCGCCGCAACUCGGACGUCUCCGGCCGCGCCAGCCCCUACCCGGAUCCGCCGCCGGAGUAUCCCGGCCCCGGCCCCGGCCCCGGCCCCGCCGAGAGGCGGAAUAACCGGCUGUCCGCCCACAUGGGCGAUCUGGCUGCGCAGGCUCAGGGACAGGGAGGCGGCGACGGCGACGGCAACGGCGGACGUAGCGGGGUGCCCAGAUUGCCCAGCCUGAGGCUGUCCCAGGUGCCGCAGAUUGUGAUUGAGCCGUCCAGUGCGCUGCCAUGAGAUUUAGCUGAUCGAUAUCUGGGGAUAUCUUGCGAGUAAUGAUGAGUAAUGAGACCCCGACCUGGGAGUGGAACUUGAGUUUGGGAUAUGGGAUAUGAAGUGAAAGGGAGGGGAGCGGUUGGAUGGAUACCCAGGUCUGAGGCUGGCAGCAUGUCUGUGUAUAUACGGAGACCCCCCUUGUUCCGCCCUUGUUGUCUCGGAGUCCUGGGGCGCGCUGGGUCUGGCUGGAAUUCGCGGUGUGGACGGACUCUUG